AUAGCAUUGGUUAAACUGCUCCAGGCUACAUUGUGUAUGCCACAGUGGUGGUGUUUACCAGGCAAGAAUGAACCUACCCAUACCUUUCCCAACUAUGUGCAGAGCUUUGCUCCAGACCUGGAAGUACACUGUGGAGGAUGCUUGGGAGAAUCCUUUUGAGGCUGCCUUGGUCUCCAGGGGCCUUGAAAGCAGUAAUUGGGAACUAGGCCUAUGGUCAGCUGAGCAACCUCCUACAGGUAUCAUCAGUUCACCCAGUCCACUUGGCAGAAACGUGUGGGAGGUUGUUCUGAGUUUUUGAAGGUAACCCAUGUCAACUGAUGAGAUUAAUGUGAUUUCUUAUAAAUAUUAAAAAUGUCUGGCCCCAAAAGAUUGGCUUUAGGAAGAGCCUGAGUGUCUUCCUCUCUAAGAAUCCAAAUUUUUUUCCCCUCAGAUUCACUCUGGAGGUGGUAUGUUUGGGUGGCUGCAAGCAGUUAAGAGAUGACAGAAGUCUUGGAAAAAGCUGAUUGUGUUUAACAAGAAGACAGAGCGCUUGUCAGACCCUCGUGAAACGCCUGCAGCCCAUUAUAAGCAAGAAUCCAAAAGGCACCUGGAAUGACUGGGUUAAAGAAGCUUUUAAGCAAAGCAUUAGUCUUUCAGCCACUGGGUACUUCAGGCUAUGAUGGAAAUAUGAACUGGGAGAAGGGAGAAGGACACCCAUUUACAUAUUUUGUUUAUGGAGCUGCUUGCUCAGAGGUUGCAAUUGACUGUCUCACAGGAGAUCACAAGAACCUCAGAACUGACAUUGUUAUGGACAUUGGAUGCAGCAUAAAUCCAGCAGUGGAUAUAGGGCAGAUUGAAGGAGCCUUUGUUCAGGGCAUUGGACUUUAUACACUGGAGGAAUUAAACUAUUCUCCCAAAGGAGUCCUUCACACUCGGGGACCAGAUCAUUAUAAAAUCCCAGCAGUCUGUGACAUCCCAGAACAGUUCAGUGUUUCCCUGCUGUCACCUUCACAAAAUCCCCAUGCAAUCUAUGCAUCCAAGGGUGUAGGUGAGGCAGGGUUGUUCCUGGGAUGCUCUGUAUUCUUUGCUCUAAGGGAUGCAGUGUCCACUGCACGAAAGGAGAGAGGAUUACCAGGGGCCUUCACGCUGAACAGCCCCCUGACGCCUGAGCGGAUUCGAAUGGCCUGUGCUGAUGACUUUACCCAGAUGAUUGCGAAAGAUCAUCCUGAUUCCUUCAGUCCUUGGGCCAUCUCCAUAUGAAGACAAUCCAAAUCUCAUGCCGAGCUUGAAUGAAAUAUGAUGAUAGUUUUUUGAUCAGAUGUAGUCCUCUACCUUAGUAAUCAACACAUGUUUUAACUAAAAAUGCAUAGUGCUGUAUCCAAAUAAGAAUCUGGCCAUCCUCUCCGCUUUAAUGCAUUCUUCCUCCUGAUUGUUCUUAAUGCGUUUAGCUGUACUGCUGCAUACUGCACGACUACAGUUCAUUCCUAGAAACACACGUAAGUAGUCAAGAGAGGUUUACUCAAUAAUCACUACUCAUCUUUACCCGGGGAGAUCUGCUGAAACGUACCUGCAGGAGAGAAGGGGUGUGUUAAUGUAGUAUUGGAUAUUAAUUUAAUUUUACUCACCUAAUGCAACAUUUGAAAGCUUCAAAUAAGUGCUAAUUUACACUUUUACCUUGCAAUGAAAGAUCUGCAUAGACCCUGAUAUCCAUGGGGGCCCACCACAGGAUUCUUCUGAUCACAAACUUGAGACAAGAAGAUGUCGUUUCUUGCAGAAAAACUGCUGUGGAUACUGUUGAUACUAACCCUUGGGUACUUGAAAGUCAAAGGAUGUAACUGCCUUUUGUUUCACCCAUGCAGAUCCACUUCAGUCACUAGGGCUGAUUUACAGGAAUGAGAAAAAAAAUUGGCCUAAAAAGUCUCAAGGAUGACUAUGCUCUUAUUUCUCUUGGAGACUUUUAUGUUCUUGUGUUAUUUCCCAAAGUCUUCUUGGCCCAGUGUAAAAACUUGCUUGAUUUCAUUGAGCUUUGGGUCAGGUCCUUGAUGAGGUGGUCUCCGAAAGUGGUACUGAAGAGUGCCAUUGCAUACUAUACCUAGGAGUAUAUUGGAUACUAGGCCUGUGCAAAGUGGCUAGUAUUCGCUUCAGAUUCGGCCAGUUUGGGGGACAGUGAUUCAAUUUGGUGAUUCGAAUCACUGUCCUGAAUUAAUUCGGCUGAAUCUGAUUCAGA